GGGCAGCGGGGCGGUGCCUAGAACAGCCUCUUCCUGAGCUGUGGAGCCGGACAAGCGCGUCCGUCGAUUGCGCCUGUGCCUUUUCUUUUUCCGUUUCCGUCCUCUUAGGUGGGCAGCCUAAGGGUUGCUAGGCAACAGCCCCUGGGGUACUUUGAGUUAAGUACCUGCGGUCUUAAGGCGCCGCCCGCUUCCUGGCGUUUUGGAGAAGGGUCGGGGUUGCCGACAGCCCAGAAGUGGAAAAGAGAGAGGUGACUUGGACAAGUAAAGACUGACACUGAAGAUUAAUAUUUUUAUUUCAAGAUGAGCUUCCUGUUGCCCAAGCUGACUAGCAAAAAAGAAGUAGACCAGGCGAUCAAAAGUACUGCAGAGAAGGUGCUGGUUCUCAGGUUUGGGAGAGAUGAGGAUCCUGUCUGUCUGCAGCUAGAUGAUAUUCUUUCUAAGACCUCUUCUGACUUGAGUAAAAUGGCUGCUAUAUAUCUGGUAGAUGUGGACCAAACUCCAGUUUAUACACACUAUUUUGACAUCAGCUACAUUCCGUCUACUGUGUUUUUCUUCAAUGGGCAGCAUAUGAAAGUGGAUUAUGGGUCUCCAGAUCACACUAAGUUUGUGGGAAGUUUCAAAACCAAACAAGACUUCAUAGAUUUGGUUGAAGUAAUUUAUCGAGGAGCGAUGAGGGGAAAACUGAUUGUACAAAGUCCUAUUGAUCCCAAGAAUAUUCCUAAAUAUGACCUUCUCUAUCAAGACAUUUAGCACAUGCGCUACUGUCAAAGUUGAAGAGAGAAGCACGUCUUGAGGCAAUACCUGAAUCCAGCUGUGCUGUUUUUCUGGAGUCCUUCGGAAGCGUGCUCAGGGUCCCAGCAGAGCAGAGGUUUGACUUGUAUGGAAAACGCUGGCCCCCAAGUGGAAGAACAGGCCAGCACUGUGAUGCCUGGGUGCCUACGUGUCUGCUCCCUGCAGACCUCAGAGCCGUCGGUCAGCCGUGCUCGGUUUCCCCAGUGUGAUUUUCUUAACUUCUCUUUAGAUGGUGCUUUUCUUUAUCCCUUAAGAUAAUACAGUAUCCUCUUAAACAUUUGUUAAAUUUGAUUUAACUAUGUUUAUUUGAUACACAAGUAAAAUGGAAAGUCAAUUCCCAUAAGAGCAAAGAUACUUAUCUUCUACCCUAGACGUACACACACCCUCCCUCACCCUGAGGCUCGCCCGCUCCUCCACUCACGUAUUUAUAGUCCUCAUGCUCUCCUGCCUCCAGUCCUUAUUAUUCCAGCUUCUCUUGGAAUAAAUAAUUCUCUAACUGGCAA